CUUCUCCAAUCCUCCCCUUCUUCCACUGUCCCCAAUCCAUUUGCUGAUAGAACAGAGCCUUGAGGGCAAGCUGCACAUGCUCAAUUUGGUGUGUAUUACUCUAGAGAGUGCACAUGAUCAGCACAGGGCCAAUCAGCACUGUCCAGACAGAGGUCAGGGGUUAUAUAGCCUCAUAGGACGAUCAGAGGAGAAUGAAAACUCCUCCUACAAGCUGUAACCAGUGCUCUGCUGGACACUGAUAGAAGUCACAAGAGUGCUAUAUACUGCUGGUUAGAAAAGGUAUUUAGCAGUUUAUAUUUACUAA